GGGUACGUGCGAACCCUGAUGUCUCUUGGGGGCAUCAAGAAUGCGCACUCGCUCCUGCAGCCGACGUCAUGGAAACUCGUCCGCCUGAGUUCCCACCAGCUCCCCCGCGGAGCCGACCGGAGACUCUGGCUGGUCAUUUCAGCGGCAGCGCCUCUGCCGGUUAGUUUCGGCUUUGAGACGUGCCCUGGACAGCGCGCAGGGCGCUUUCCAGCCUGCUCCACCUGCGGAAGGGUGACUAAUGACGAGGGCGCCGUCCACACCGCACGCCACCCGAGCCAGCGGUGCCGAACCCCGCUUUUAUCAGUCCGGGGGUAUCAGAAACUCUGUGGCAGGGUGCGAGCAGAGGGGGCAGAAUGCCGGAACCCAGCGGGGUAAAACGCUAACACACCAGUUAUGUGAUACGAUGCCGCCACGGAGAUGAAAGAAGCGCGUUAAUCGUGAAACACCCCUCGACGGUAAAAAGCGCUUGGCGCGAGUAAACCAGGGGAGCCGGUCGCGAGUGACCUUACCUCCGUGACCUGCUUGAUUAAACGUUUACUCGGACAUGCGCUAGACUUCGCUAGAAACCUAAUGAUGCUGAAACGCUGCCGCAGUAAAACUGAUAGGAUGCGCCCAGGAGAAUGUUCCGAGCACCAGGCAACACAGGCGGCAAACUAGCACAAAAAGGGCACAUGGCAGAGAUUGGAAACAUUACUCAAAGUAUUUAAAUAACAGAUAUGCGAAGAGGGGGGAGGCGGCAGUCCUCCAGUCUGGAGCUGCGGGCGGCGCGCUUCCUCGGCUGAGGGCGGCGGUUCAGCUCGGCUCAUCUCUGCGCGGUUUCCCACGAACUCCACCGAACCGAGUGGAGGCGAACCAGGCCGCUUUCUAAUUAAAAGCCAACACCCCCACCAAGAAUAACCAUCAAAAUGUGUAAUGCCGAUUAUCACCAAAAACCUCACCAGUAAUCGCCCGUCCAUCCCGUGACAUAAAAAAAAAACAUAUUUUCAGUAACAGGGUUAUUUGUAGCUGAUUAAAAACACCAUUUAAUGUUAAAGAGUGUUUCAUUUAUCAGGCGGGGUUCGGGUGUUCAGUAGUGUAACACCAGGCUUUGUAGUUAUAAAGUUGUUUUAUUCCGUAACCAGUAGAGCAAUCGCACGUCAAGAACUGGAUCCCGGACCGGGAAACGAUCUCACUGGCUCACGGGCUGGUUUACCUGGGCACCGCACAGGAGCGUUUAAAUAUACAUAUAAAUUGGGCUAGCUUGACCCACCCAUUGUAGUCUUCACACAGCCUGCCGAGACAAACCGGAGGGGGUCAACUCGUGGUACUGCAAUGGAAUUAUACCAGGAUUAGGUUUGAAACACAAAUUCCUCAUCUCUUCGGGAAUUACUGCUCUGGCGUCGUCCCGUACCGUGGUGCGAAAGUGCGCCCCAACAUUUCCGGGGGGCGGCUCGCCAGCAGCGCAGCAGACACGCGAGCUGGGAUCCCGACUUGGGAACGAGGGAUGACACCGUCGCUUCCGCGUUUCCCGAGGACGUCACAGCCCGGACCUCACGGAGCUGAAAUAAAAGGUUAAGUCGAGUCAACGUUUGCAUAACAGACAGCAAAGAAAAAGUUUGUUGCUGUUGUUGUUGUUUUUUAGGAGCAAACUGGAAAAGGUGAGGUUAUUAACAGUAACCACUGCUGUGCAAGCCGCGAUGAGUCACUUUAGCCCCGAGGAAGAGGUAUGACUUCAAAGUAGUGGAGACGUGUUGUUUACACGGGGGAACUAUAUUUGUGUUGUUGUUUCUGUUCUGCAAACUCUGGACGAAAAUGCUGAGACAGAGCAAGAAAGCUCCGGAGCCGUAGCUCCACCCGCGCAGUGGGAAAGGGAGAUUGGCGACACUUCUUCUGCUGGGGUCUGAGAUACACUCUUGGGCAGGCUGCUCUCUCUUUUUUUUUUUUGCGUAAUUCAAACAGGGCUUUUUUUCCUGUAAAGCGCGGACUAGUUAAAACUGGAUUAGACUGAUAAAGCGGACCAGCUACCUGAUCCGAGCAUAAUUACGAUGCGCCUGCAGUGCCACUGGGUGAACGUGGAAGUCAGGGGAGAAACACAGAUGGGCAGCAGCCUCCGGUCAUAAGGGACGCGCAUUCCACCCGCGGAAAAACAGGGCAGCGAGGGAAACGAAAGGAGAAAACGAGCACGGAAGAGAAGGCUGUUCGGUUUUCGAGUUCGCGAUGGAGGUCACCCCCUCACAGCAGGCUGCCGAGACCGGGGGGGAUCACCCGGCCAGCGUCGUGGUGGGCGCGGGCGCCGAAAAAGCGGAGAUCACCAGCCCCAGCCCCCCGUCCAAGCAGCGCUCCCUGCGGGCGGUCUACGUGCUCAACGACGGGCUGAAGGCGGUCGCCGCCAACAGCCCGGAGUCGGGGGCGCUCCAGUGCCUUCAGCGCGCCUGUGAUGCGGAAAGCGCCGUGCUGACCACAGUGACCUUCGGCAGACUGGACUUCGGGGAGACCAGCGUGCUGGACACGUUCUACGAUGCUGGUAAAGUUCACCCUGUAGCCAAACGUACCACCACCACCACCACCACUUCUGCCGCCUAG